UAUGGUAUGUUUUUAUUUGUUUCAUUUAAACUUUUUCGUUAACUUUCGUUGUUUGUAACCCAGGCAUUGCCACCUAUUGGAAAGUUUGUUAUCGCUUAAAAGAGGGCGUUUAUACACAAAAAACACAGAGUGAUGAGGCAAUGCGGGUGUUAGAUAUUCAAUUAUACGACGGCAAACAUAAUUUACAUCACAAUGCAAAAAAAAAUAUUAAGUAUUGUUAUAACAUUACUCUGCGUGUGCAUCUUGGAUACGAUAUUGUCUCAGCCUGAUGAUAAUCUAAAAAGCCAGUUGGAAUUUGGAUACGAGCUAUACGAUGAGGAGGUUUAUUCCUAUUCCGAAGUACUUCGACCGACACCCACAGUGGGAUUGCUUUUUCCCCGAGCAUCUGAGACGCGAGAGGUAAACUCUCUGGAUGGUAUAUGGCAACUGGUUCGCAGCAAUUCCAGCGAUCCACUGCAGGGCAUAUACGAAAGGUGGUAUAGUCGAAAUCUCCAAUCUACGGGUUAUAAAAUAAUCAAAGUACCUGUGCCGGCAUCAUAUAACGAUGUGACCGUAGACGAAGAACUGCGCGACCAUGUGGGUACAGUUUGGUAUGAGCGUCACUUCUUUGUGCCCAGCCGUUGGAAUACAAACGGGACACGCACCUGGUUGCGCUUUGGUAGCAUUCACUACGGGUGUUUCGUUUGGAUCAAUGGUCAGCGAGCGUUGAACCACAGCUUUGGCCAUUUGCCCUUUGAAGUGGAAAUCGGAGGAUUGGUCAAAUAUGGCAAGGAGAAUCGCAUUACAAUCAUGGUUGACAAUCGACUCAACAACUCCAGCAUACCCCAGGGUGAAGUGAUUAAGCAGUCGGAUGACACUGGCCACGUCCUUAUACAAACAUACACAUUUGACUUUUUCAACUACGCCGGCAUACAUCGCUCUGUACAGCUGUAUACAACGCCACAAAAUUACAUCAGAGACAUUGAGCUGAAAACACAGGUGAACAAGCAAAUGGGUCGCAUUGACUAUAAAUUGUGGAUUGGUAAUGAGCAUGAGCAGGACUUCAAGAGCACCAUAUUAGUCCAACUGCUUGAUAGAGAUCACAAUGUUGUAGCCCACCAGCUAAAUCGGAAUUACCUCAAUGGCACUUUGCUAAUACCAAACGUAAAGCCUUGGUGGCCCUAUCUAAUGCAUCCGGAGCCCGGCUAUAUGUAUACUCUGCAACUCAAUCUGUUGGCAGAGAGUGGGCUGCUGUUAGAUAGCUAUCAGCUACCAGUUGGUAUUCGUAGUCUCAGCUGGGACAAAGACGGAAUAUACAUUAAUAACCAACCGGUUUACUUUCGUGGUUUUGGAAAACACGAAGACUCCGAUAUUCGCGGUAAGGGCCUGGACAACGCCUUGCUUACGCGAGACUUUAGUCUGCUUCAGUGGGUAGGAGCGAAUGCCUAUCGCACGUCCCACUAUCCCUACUCGGAGGAAUCAAUGCAAUUUGCUGAUGAACAUGGCAUUAUGAUCAUUGAUGAGUGCGCCAGUGUUAAUACAGAUUUAUUCGGGCUCCCGCUGUUGCAGAACCACAUGUCUUAUUUGGAGCAGCUUAUACAUCGCGAUCGCAAUCAUGCGUCAGUAGUUGCCUGGUCUAUAGCCAACGAGCCACGUACACAGAAGCCAAUAGCUAAAAAAUAUUUCGAUGAAUUGGCAAACUAUACACGUAGCAUCGCACAAGGGCGUCCAAUAACUGCUGCUUCCAAUGUGGCUGAACCAUCUAUGUGCAUGAUGUCUGAAUUUUUGGAUAUUAUUGGCUUUAAUCGUUACAAUUCCUGGUAUCACAAUCCUGGACGCACUGACAUGAUCAUAAGGCCAAUAGUGGACGAGGCCGUGAGCUGGCGAAAUCUGUAUGAAAAGCCAGUCAUUUUGUUCGAGUAUGGCGCCGAUACCCUUGAGGGCUAUCAUACGCUGCCAACAUUUAUUUGGUCGGAGGAAUAUCAGAAGACGAUGUUAUCAAAGCAUUUCCAGGCGUUUGACAAAUUGCGCAAGCUGAAAUGGUUCAUCGGCGAAUUUGUCUGGAAUUUUGCGGACUUCAAGACGGAGCAGACCUAUACGCGCGUAGGUGGCAAUAAAAAAGGCGUCUUCACGCGCAACCGACAGCCCAAAGAUUCAGCACAUCUGCUACGACAGCGUUAUCAUAUGCUCGCAUUUAUACUAAAUAACGCCAGCUUGCCGCCAGAUCUCUUUAAUUACAUUAUUGACUUUAGUUUAUAAUUUUAUGUGCAAAAGCUUUUUCCUUCUAUUUAAAGUCCAAAUUGUGUGCUUUUAACUGGAAACCCAAUUAAAGCCAAAAUG